GUAAAAAAAAAAUCAAACAAAGAAAACUGAUUAACACCUACACCUCUAUUUUACACACUGGUAACUUUUGUUUUGUAAUAUUGAUCAUGGCGAAGUUAUCAUGUUCUUAUUUCCUUGUACUCAUUCUUGUGUUCUCAGCUUUUUUAAUGGUUGAAAGAGCUGAGGGAAAGCGAUGUCAUUUGACGAUUGACAAAGCAACUGCGUGUAGUCUUAGCGAUUGCCGUUUAAGCUGUUAUAGUGGAUAUAAUGGAGUUGGAAAAUGUUUUGACGAUCCUAAAGUUGCUGGACCUUCUAACUGUGGUUGUAUCUAUAAUUGUUAGAGCUACUAUUUUAUGUAUUUGAUAUGAUAUUAUAAGUAUUCCAUUUCCUUAUACGAUAUGAAUAAAAAUCAGAUCCCCAUCAUUCCUUAUGAUUGAAUGAUUUUCUUUACGAAAAUUGCAGAGACUUUAAUUACUUU